AUGGAUAAAUUUCAGAGUCUGAACAUCAGCGUUGGGAACAGCUCUGUCGACAAGCAGUCCUUCUUCGACGGCGACGCUUAUCAGAACUUGGAUUCGCAGGAGCUGAGAGUUCUGAUUCCGGUGAUUUUGGGGAUAAUCUGCGUCCUGGGGUUCACCGGAAACGUGACCGCGCUCGGGGUCCUGGUUACCAACGCGCGCAAAGGCAAGCUGUCUCUCAUCAACUCCCUGAUCCUCAACCUGAUUUUGGCGGACAGUUUGGUGCUGGCGUUCGCUGUGCCGUUCAAGGCUGUCUCCUACUCCAGAGCCAGCUGGACGCUGGGCUGGUUCAUGUGCAAGGCGAGCGACUGGUUCUUACACUCCUGCAUGGCGGCCAAGAGCUUCAUCAUCGCCAUCAUGGCUAAAGCCUGUCUCCGGUACGUCAGCAACCCCAACAAGCAGGUGAACAUUCACUACAAAACCAUCCUGGUCAUCCUGCUGUUCUCCUGGGCGCUGGCGUGCGUGAUUCCCGUGCCCCACUGGAUGUUCGCGGCGCUGCGCCGGGAGGGGGAGGGGCUGGUGUGCGCGCAGACGGAGCCGCGCUAUGCGCGCCGGUUCAUGUCGGUGUACGUGAAGCUGUACCCGCUGGUCGCGUACUGCGCUCCGCUCAGCCUCGCGCUGCUGCUGUUCUGGCUCGCGUACAGCCGCUGUCAGCGCCGCGGCAGCAAGGCGCAGAACCUGCGCACGCAGAUGCGCUCGCGGAAGCUGACCCUCAUGCUGUUCGGCCUGACCGUCACCACGGCGAUCAUGUGGCUCCCGCAGUGGGCGGGCUGGGUGUGGGCGCACCACGCCGCGCAGAACGGAGGCCCGGCGCCUCCGCCGCUCUUCUCCCUGUCCGCGGAGCUGCUGAUGUUCUCCAUCUCGCUGGUGAACCCGCUGACGGUGCUGUCCCUGUCCGAGGAGUUCCGCGAGGGCUACAAGGGGCUGUGGAGACGCCUCACCCUGCGCAAGCAGCAGCCCCCGAAGCAGGGCCCGCACACGCCCACGGUGCUGCGGCCCCCCAGCCCACGGGCCGAGCCCGGGGGCCACGGCCCCGCCACGCCCCGGCCGGACGGCGAGGACCCGGAGAGGCCGGACGGCGCGGCGCCGGACAGCCCCGGGAACAAGGACGGCGUGGUUCUGCCCGACGUGGAGCAGUUCUGGAGCGAGCGCGAGGCGGGCGGGCCGGCCGACGAGACCGACCCGGUUCCCUGGGAGCACCAGAGCCCGGCGCUGAGGAAACGGGACGCCUAG